AUGUCCUCCUCCCUCCUCCUCCUCCUUUCUCUCUUCUUCCCUUCCUCCCUCUCCGCGGCGGUGACUGCCCAAUCGUCGGCCUCGCCGUCCAACAGCUCCACUGUCUACGACAUCCUCCAGGAGUACAACCUCCCUCCCGGCAUCCUCCCCGACACGGUCAAGUCUUUCUCCGUCACUUCUAACGGCUACUUCGUCAUCGAUCUCUACGGAGAGUGCUACGUCGACUUCGAGUACGUCGUCUACUACGCCCCGCGCGUGUUUGGCUUCCUCGGCUACGACUCCAUCUCCAACCUCGAGGGUAUCCAGAUUCGGAGGUAUCUCAUCUGGUACGGCAUCAGCUACAUCAAGGUCGACCUCCCCUACUCCGAUUUCGUCUACAUCCAGUUCGGCUAG